GGAGGGCCCGGACCCGCCCCCUCGGGCGGGAAGGGGGAAGCGCCGAGGCUGCCUGACUGGAAUGAGGGUAGCUGCGGCGACUGCGGCGGCGGGAGUGGGGCCGGCCAUGGCGGUGUGGACGCGGGCCACCAAAGCAGGGCUGGUGGAGCUGCUCCUGAGGGAGCGCUGGGUCCGGGUGGUGGCCGAGCUCAGCGGGGAGAGUCUAAGCCUCACCGGCGACGCUGCGGCGGCUGAGUCCGAGCAGGCUCUGGGGCCGGCGGCGGCUGCCUUCAACGGCCUCCCGAACGGCGGCGGCGCCGGCGACUCGCUACCGGGGAGCCCCAGCCGCGGCCUGGGUCCCCCGAGCCCGCCCGCGCCGCCGCGGGGCCCGGCGGGCGAGGCGGGCGCGUCGCCGCCGGUGCGCCGGGUGCGCGUAGUGAAGCAAGAGGCGGGCGGCCUGGGCAUCAGCAUCAAGGGCGGCCGCGAGAACCGGAUGCCGAUCCUCAUCUCCAAGAUCUUCCCGGGGCUGGCGGCCGACCAGAGCCGGGCGCUGCGGCUGGGCGACGCCAUCCUGUCGGUGAACGGCACCGACCUGCGCCAGGCCACCCACGACCAGGCCGUGCAGGCGCUGAAGCGCGCGGGCAAGGAGGUGCUGCUGGAGGUUAAAUUCAUCCGAGAAGUUACACCAUAUAUCAAGAAGCCAUCAUUAGUAUCAGAUCUACCAUGGGAAGGUGCAUCUCCUCAGUCACCAAGCUUUAGUGGCAGUGAGGACUCUGGUUCUCCAAAACAUCAGAACAGCACCAAGGACAGGAAGGUCAUCCCUCUCAAAAUGUGCUUUGCUGCUAGAAACCUAAGCAUGCCGGAUCUGGAAAACAGAUUGAUAGAACUACAUUCUCCUGAUAGCAGGAACACGUUGAUCCUGCGCUGCAAGGAUACAGCCACAGCACACUCCUGGUUCGUAGCUAUCCACACCAACAUAAUGGCUCUCCUCCCACAGGUAUUGGCUGAACUCAAUGCCAUGCUUGGUGCAACCAGUACAGCCGGAAGCAGCAAGGAGGUCAAGCAUAUUGCCUGGCUGGCAGAACAGGCAAAACUAGAUGGUGGAAGACAACAAUGGAGACCUGUCCUCAUGGCUGUGACUGAGAAGGAUUUGCUGCUUUAUGACUGUAUGCCGUGGACAAGGGAUGCCUGGGCAUCACCAUGUCAUAGCUACCCUCUUGUUGCCACAAGGUUGGUUCAUUCUGGCUCCGGAUGUCGAUCACCCUCACUUGGAUCUGACCUCACGUUUGCUACCAGAACAGGCUCUCGGCAGGGCAUUGAGAUGCAUCUCUUCAGGGUGGAGACACAUCGGGAUCUGUCGACCUGGACCAGGAUACUUGUUCAGGGUUGCCAUGCUGCUGCUGAGCUACUUAAGGAAGUCUCUCUAGGCUGCACGAUAAAUGGCCAAGAAGUAAGAUUCACUGUCCACUAUGAAAAUGGGUUCACUAUCUCCAAGGAGAAUGGAGGUUCCAGCAGCAUAUUGUACCGCUACCCCUUUGAGAGGCUGAAAAUGUCUGCUGAUGAUGGCAUUAGAAAUCUGUAUCUGGAUUUUGGUGGUCCUGAAGGAGAACUGACCGUGGACCUGCACUCUUGUCCGAAGCCGAUCGUAUUUGUGUUGCACACGUUCUUGUCAGCCAAAGUCACUCGCAUGGGACUGCUCGUAUGAGCAGCAGAAAAUCAGAAAAGAGUCUUGAAUGUCACAAGAAGUAUUUCCACCUCAAAAAAAAAAAAAAAAAAAAAAAAGCACAAAAAGAAAGCUCUUUGCUCUCUCCUCCAGCACAGUGCCUUGACAAGGACCUGCAGAUCACUGCUGAACAGUAACUGUGUUUAAAGAAGAGCCUGCCUUUCACAAGCUACCUUGGCCAGAAAUUCUAGGAUUCUAAUAAGCUCCAAACUGAAGCUGUUGAUUUAUUGCCUCGUUUCCUAAUGUGGUUUCUAAGUCACUAGAUUUAUUUCCCCUCUGAAAAAGGAUGGCUCAUUGUGGGUUUUUGUUUAGUUUUAUUUUGUUUGUUUUUUUGGACGUAAUCAAAUAUCCAAGAGUUGUUUUCAUUUUCUUCUUCUUGUAGGAUUUAUUUCAAGCCUCGACAUCUUGCUUAGUUCAACCAUCUUUUCCCAGGUGCUAGUUGACAGCCGCUUGUGCUUUGGGCCAUUCCGGAUAGGUCCUACGUGCUAUUGGAGCUUACUGUCACUUCAUCCUUCCACCCCAGGAAGUCCUUGAAUUGCACACCAAAGCGUUCUCCCAUCUGUCCUGGCUCUCCUGCAUCCCACUCUGGUCACCACUUUCCCACCGCAUCACAAGCUUUGCCACUCAGAAGUGCUAACUUUAGGACUUAGAACUUGUGAAAUUUGAUUUGCCUUGCCUUCCACUCCCUUUCUAAUGGUGACCAAGUAGGAAACCACUGAUAUGAAAGAAGAGGUUUGCUUGUUUUAGGUUUUUCUGACUUAUCUUUGGUAGGAGCCAGGCGAUAAGAUUUCUUUUAAAAGAAAAUCCUCAUUUUAGCCUAAGCCAUUUUUUUAUUGCUUACCAAAUGUGCCUUUGGUUAGGGUUAGUGGAGCUUCAUUAGUCACUGUUUGAAUAACUGGAUUAUCACUGCCAUUCCAGGGAGAUCAUCCAUCUUGGUUUUGAGGAAUAGUCUUUGAGAUGGGUUUCCUUAGGAGUAUCUUUUCUAGUGGGUAGAUCUCACUGAGGAAGAUAAAUCUUGGAGAGCCCACUUCUUUAAAGAGUAGGCUCUAUAAAGCCAUCUCUUUAGCACAAACAUCAUGUGAAAUUGCAUUGGGCUUUGUGAGCCCAUGCUGGUUCCUGGCCCUGGUCCUCUCCCUUUGUGGCAGCAGAGUGGCAUGGACAGGCAGCUGCUAAUUCAAGACUCACUGUUGGCUUAAUAAUGCAUUCUCUGGUGGGCAGGGUGAUGAGGCCACAGAACAGCUACCUUGGUUUUCCUAAGCAUUGCCAGACGUCAUCAUUAUUUAGUAGCAGUAAGAUUGUGGUAUUAAAGAAUCACACUCAGCUUGUUUUUCCUAAUUAUGAAGGAGGUAUAUAUCUGAAAACAUUUAAAAUAAUAUAAUAGCUAUAUAUAAUGACAAGAUUACUACAGUCCCCAGAUCUAAAAGAAAAGGUGAUAUUGACUCAGAUGUUCUCGGUAUUCUCAGAGGAAAAGUCUAGGGAUACUUCUCACUAGAUCUAUUAGGAGUGUCAUAAGAGGAGGUGAGCACUUCAGGGAGUAUAGAAGGGUAACACUCCAAACAGGGGAGGAAAAACCCCACAACCAUAAAUGCAAAACAUGAGCUAUUUGGUGUGAGUGUGGACUGACCUAGGUGGGACAUUUGGAAGAGCAGACUCAUGAGCAGAGAGUUUGAGUUAGACAUUGUAACUCCCAUUGUGUUUCUUCUGCCCAUAAGUCAAUCUUUCUUCCCCUUGUACAAUGAGAUUAACCACAUGCAGAGGCUGGGGAGAGAUUACAGUUCUUCCCCCGGCUACCGUUCCAAAAAUAAAUGAUUUGAUCCACUUAAAACUGGAAAUUGGAAUCUAGACUAGAAUAUGCCUUUCAAGAAUUUUUUUAUGUUUUAAGGAUUCAUAGACCUAUGUUUAGUUCCAUCUUUAGUAAAUUUGCAAGGGAAGAAAAGCAAUAUCUUGAAGGUCCAGCUAUGAUUUCUGGAAGCAGAAUUUCAACACAUAAUACCCUCAGAUAAGGGAGCUUAGACAUUCUUCGCAGUGAGAGCAUUAUUAACCUGAAAAGUUGCACAGUGCAGUCACAGACUUUGCAGCAAAGCCAUUUGGUUGAGGUUUUCUUGGUUAGUGUGAAAGGCUAAGCCACUGAGAAUAUUUUCAGGGGAAACUUACAAGCCCCUGUACUCAUGAAUUAUAUGAAAAAGUUCUCUAAAAAGGGUGUAAUGAACAUGUGAGCAGGAGAAGGUAAAGUGUGUGAGCCAUUCUGACUCAUUUUGUUCAAGCUUGAACCAUCAUAUUUAACACCAAAGUCCAUAAGGUUUUUUAAAUAUUUUGAGUCUUAAUGUGAAAUGAAAAUGUGUGGGAGAUUUCCUUUGACCACUAGCACCCCCGAGAGCAAGAGCCCUUAAGCUGCCUGUGUAACAUCAACAGCUUUCCAAUCAUGGGUGACCAGCUUGUCCUUCAAUUAAGUGUGUUUAUGGAGUUUUCAAACCACAAAUGAAGUGCUUUUUAUGAAUAGGACAGCCUUGAUAAAUACGUAUUUUGUAUUAAGAUGCCAAAAUAUGGCAAAUUAUUUUAAAACAAUAACUAAAAAUGGGCAUUUGGGGUAUUUCACACCCUUUCUAGAACAGCUUAACUUGUCAUUUCUUUUUCAUUUUGAAUUAGGGAAGUUGCUGAGAAUGUUGCGGGCUUCCGUGUGUAGAAUGGGAAUGAACCUGCAGAGUAGUGUCAUCCCACUUCCGAGGGACCCGCUUCCGUGCCCUCAGUUCCCCCAGACCUGGGGCUUUGACAUCUUGUCCAUAUUCCACACAGAUGUCUACAAGUAGCCAAUUGGCGUGUGAAAAUUCUUCCUCCUCAUUUCCUAAAAUUUCCCUUUUCCUCUCCAAAGAAAAAAAGAAAGAAAGAAAGGCUCAGUUACUCUUUUUCUGAAAAAGGUAAGCCCUUUCCUGAAGUUAUCAAACCUUACCUGGAAAUAAGUAUCUAAUAUUUUAUAUGAAGAAAUACUUUAAUGUAUGUUUAUACAGUAUUUAUUAGAUAGUUAUAACUGUAAACUCACCUACCUAGUAGACAGUUUCAGAUUAAAUAUUGGGACAUGUACAAACAAUCAAAAAUGACUUUACAUAUCAUUCACCUAUUUUAAAGCCAUGUUUUAGCACUUUUUAGGCUCGGUGAAGUCUGAUUGUGCCUGUUUUUAUCAGCUGUAUGCUCACAAACUUUGUUAUGGAGCAUUAUUGGAUGGCAGGAGAGAUUGAAUUACUUAUUUCUUACAUUUUUAGAAGUGGAAAAAUCUAACCAACAAAUGAUAAAAGUUGCCACUGAUUAUUUGUUUUCCUAAUUUAUCAUCCUAAGCAGAGUGGUAACAAAGCAUUUUUCAGCUGAUUAAAUGCACUUAGCUAAUAGACCAAAAUUUAUUCUUUAAAAAAAAAAUUAAGCUGUGUGGAAUCUGGACAAGAUCAUUUUUCUCUCAGAAAAAAGUUUUCACUGUAAAUGAUUUUGAUGGACAAAAGUGUGACCACUUUUGAGAAAAAGUUAUGAUGGAUUUUUUUUUUUAAUUUUGUGAGAACCUCCAGGUCGUCUUGUUUAAUUUAUGUGCAUGUGGAUAUAUUUGUGUGUUGUCAAAAACAUGGAAGAAUCUCCAUAUUUUUAAUGCAAAUUCUAUUGUAAGCUGCUAUGCAAAUUCUAUUAAAACCCUACCUACUUAAAAGUUAAACAUUUUUGAAGCUUUCAGGGAAGACCUGUAGACUUAAGCACUUUCUCUGCUUUUUUGUAUCUUAUCUUGGACACUUAUGCUGAACUUUGUUCUUAUUAUUUUCACUUGUUAUAAGCUAUUGAUUGUAUGUAAUAUUGAAACUAUCCAAAUAUCCAGCAUACAUUUCCACAUUGCUGCCAUCCACCGUAGAUGCCAUGAAUGAAUGGCUGGUUAGAAAGCCAAAGGUCAUAUUUUUUCAAUUGCUAAUGAAGAAGUAAAAUGACUGACCUCUUUGGUCUCAAAGCAAAUUGCUCUGGUCAGAUCAACUAUGUCUGUAAGGAAAAGAGACUUCUUUAAAUUUGGAAUUCAGCUUAAACUUCAAGUUUAAGUUGAAUUUGACCAUAACCAUAUUCACUCUUUUUGUAUGUGUAUCUCUGUCAGGUCUGUAAUGUACCAGGUGGUAUUAUAUUAUAUCCUGUCUUAAGUUUGGAAAUCUUAGUUAAAUUUAAAUUGUUAUUGUGGCUUUUUUUUUCCCCUCCUGAAGAUGAAAGCAGAGGAAUUUGCCAUUUGCUACUGUGCUCUCUCUUUCAAGAUUGCAUGGUAAUCUAGAAUUCUUUUUACUUUCUACAUACUGUCUUUAAAAACCAACAGCAGCAGUCUCUAAUCUCCCUCCUUUUUUAAAGCUGUUUCCUUCCCUGUGCUGGGUAUAUAGACAAUAAAUGUGUGAUGACAGACAAUUAUAAAAUAAUUAUGUUGUAUAUCAAGAUUAUGUGUUUUUGAGCAAUAGAGCUACUCCUAUCAUGUAAUGAUAAAUGAAAUUUACACUAGAAAGAGACUGCUUAAUGGCACAUUUGAAACCAUUUCUCUAAAAAAAAAAAAAA